AUGCCUCAUGUAUCUCAUGAUGUGAUGAGAGACCACGUUCCUACCCAAAGCCUAUACAUCGCUUUAGAAGACUUCAUAGAAAGAGGCCCGCGCGAAACACCCCCCGUUUAUCAGUUUCCUUCUCCGUCACGCGAAUCUACCUUGCGUAACUUCUUAAGCCUCCCAGAUGAUCUCGUUUUAGUGCUGGGCCCACGUAGAGUCCCUCCCGUCGUCUGCUCAGCGCCGAAUACCUCCAAUUCGAUAUCGAUCCUCACUUCUGUUGGAUUCCGCCAGCUAGAAGAGGAAGAAUACGUCAAGGCGAUACAGACGCUUCGGCCGGACUUUUCAAUUGGACUCUCAGAUAUUGUUUUAGGCCAGCCACCAGGUGUUAAGAGACGCGAAAAAAUGGUAGAUAGAACCCAUGCCUGGACGCGGGAUGCUGUUAAACAGCUAUACGGCAGCACUGUGCCUGGGCAAACAAGACCACUUUUUCUAGCACCAUUGCUUCCACUUGAAAAAGAAAUUCAGUCUAUGUAUGUUCAAGAAUUGGAAGAUGGGAUGAAAGAGUUUAUCUCUGGCUUCGCUCUGUUCGACGCAUCGGCAACUUUAGUGGUUCCUGAAUCUAUGUCCCAUCUUAUCCGCCUUUGCUUCGGUAAUGCAAGCACCCCCCAUGAUAUAUUACGAGAAAUCCUUCUAGGAGUCGACCUUACAACUGCACCUUUCGUCACAGCACUCUCAGAUGCAGGCUUAGCGUUUAAUUUCACUUUUCCACAACCUCUCAAGCGAGACAGCUCGUCCCCCUUGCCUUUAGCAAUUGAUAUAUGGUCUACAGAUCAUUCGACUGAUGUCUCUCCGCUGGUGGCUGGCUGUGAAUGCUAUUCUUGUACUACACAUCACCGGGCAUAUAUUCAGCAUUUACUUAAUGCAAAGGAAAUGCUAGCUUGGACAUUACUUCAAAUUCAUAACCAUCAAUUUAUGACUAACUUCUUCGCCGCAAUUCGGAAAAGUAUCUCAAACGGAUCAUUUUCGCAGGACGUCGAUACUUUCCAAAGGGUAUAUGAGUCUAAAUUCCCGGAGCAGACGGGGCUCGGGCCGAGGAUACGAGGAUAUCAAACCAGAUCAGAAUAUGGUGCCCAGAAGAAGAACCCUAAAGUUUACGGGCGUCUUGACGAUCAUGUGGAGAAGCUUAUGGAAGCGGAGUCCUCGGUUGCAACUCCGGAAACAGGAGCUGACGGAUUAGAGGCCCACGGCUUUGCAAAAAUACUAGACCAAUAG